CAAUCCUUUGCUCAAGCUAGUCCCCUUCCUAACAAAUGAUUUGUAUUUAUUUAUUUAUCUUGAAGUUUUUUAUAUACAUACAGCUGGAGAGCCGUCGUUUCGGGUCCAAGGAACCAGCGCAUGUCGGUCGGCUCCAUAAAUCAUUAUAAUUAUCAUAACUAUGUCAUGGACUUAAUUCUCUAAAUAUUCUUUUUUUUUUUUGGCGACGCCGAAGUACAUACGGUGAGGACGUGGACCGUCAUAGAUCUCACCACCGAACUGGCUAACCAUAGAUCUCGGUCUCCGCGGCUCCGCUAUUAUAUCUAUGCCCUUGUCUUAUUAUACGAGAUCACCGCCACUACGUAUGUAGGUACGCAACUAGGCUGACUCACUCACCGGCUCGGAGAUAAUAAAUUUUCUCCUUUUUGAGCUAUCCUUUGUCUUAAAUCUCGUUUGCUCCUUGCUUCAUCAACCAUCAACUGGCUACCUAGGCAUACAUCAUUCGUUGACAGACAGCAACAACGACGAAGAUUUGCUUUGAGUACGCCUUCAACCGCUUCGCGUCGGGAUCAUGUCGGACCAUGAGGCUGCCACGCUAAACGUCCGCGACGACGAGAAACUCGACGACUUGGAGCAGGGCGCGAAACCAUCUAGUCAUAACACGCGUCGGAGCUCCUCGGCAAGCACCGCGCAGGAUGAAGACUCUUCAAGAGGCGGAAAUGUGCCCGCCGCCGCCACUCCAGCCGUAGGCGAACCAGGUAAUGCUCCGUCCGAAGGUGCUCCCCCCGCUGCCCAAGCUGCGGAGCCCGAGGCAGGACGUACUAAGCUUCAGACGACCGUUAUUAUUUUCGCGUUAUGCUCGGCGCUGUUUCUCGCCGCUCUCGACGUUACCAUCGUCACUACCGCGAUCCCCACAAUCACCGAGCAGUUCCAGUCGCCGGCCGGUUACACGUGGAUCGGUGCGGCUUACCUAUUGGCCAACAGCGCCACGGUCCCCAGCUGGGGAAAGAUCAGCGAUAUCUGGGGUCGCAAGCCGGUGCUCUUGGCGGCUGUCGCCAUCUUCUGGAUCGGUUCGCUGAUAUGCGCCUUGAGCAUUAACAUCGGCAUGCUGAUCGCCGCCCGUGCCAUCCAGGGCAUCGGCGGCGGCGGCAUCGUCGUACUCACUAACAUCUGUGUUAGUGAUUUGUUUUCCAUCCGUAAGCGCGGUAUGUACUAUGCUUUCUUCGGCAUGGUCUGGGCUAUAGCUUCUGCGAUUGGUCCUAUCUUGGGUGGUGUCUUCACUUCCAAGGUCACCUGGCGUUGGUGUUUUUACGUGAACUUGCCCAUCAGCGGCGUGGGCUUCUUCAUCCUCCUAUUCGUGCUUAAGUUACAUAACCCGCGCACGUCCGUCUGGGAGGGUUUGGCUGCUAUAGAUUGGCUCGGUAGUGUUCUCAUCGUCGGCGGCACUCUUAUGUUCCUGUUCGGGUUAGAAUUUGGUGGCGUCACAUACCCCUGGAACUCGGCGCCGACGAUAUGUUUGAUUGUGUUCGGCAUAGUCACGGUCGGCUUGUUCGUCGCCGUCGAGAAGUGGUAUGCUAAGUACCCCGUCAUUCCGCUUCGGCUAUUCCAGUUCGGGAAGAACAUAUCGACUUUCGGCGUUUGUCUGGUUCACGGUCUUGUCUUCAUCUCCGGAAGUUAUUAUUUGCCAUUGUACUUCCAGGCCGUCUUAGGUGCAUCAUCGCUACUCUCGGGUGUCUACUUGCUCCCGUACGUGCUCUCGCUUUCGUUCAUGUCGAUCGGUUCGGGUAUAUUUAUGAAGAAGACUGGUAAAUACCUACCAGCCAUCAUCUUCGGUAUGUUCUUCAUGACGCUUGGAUACGGGCUAUUCAUCGACCUCGGUGCUCAGGCAAACUGGGCAAAGAUAAUUGUAUACCAAAUUAUUGCGGGUAUAGGUGUAGGACCGAACUUCCAAUCACCACUCAUAGCUUUACAAACGACCGUCGAACCCCGCGAUAUCGCCUCGGUGACAUCGACCUUCGGAUUCGUCCGUCAAUUAUCAACCUCCAUAUCUGUGGUUAUUGGCGGCGUAGUAUUCCAGAACGGAAUGGAAAAGCAGUACCCGACUUUAUUAGCUCAGCUUGGACCAGAGCUGGCCAACCAGCUUUCCGGCGGGAGCGCAGGUGGUAAUGUUGGCCUCGUAGCCUCCUUACCCGGAGUCCAGGGCGAAAUAGCUCGCGCAGCUUACUGGAACAGCUUGCGCGAUAUGUACAUUAUGUACGCAGCCUUCGCUGGGGUGGGACUUCUCAUCAGCCCAUUUAUCAGCCAGCGAAAGCUCAGCACUCAGCAUCACGAACAUAAAACAGGCCUUCAGAGCCUACGAAAAAAUGGCGAGGGCGAUAAGCCUGCGGAAAAGACUGCUCAAUAAUAGCGCAAGUUUGCUUAUAUUAAUAGGUGCAAAUUUCACGAUAGAUGACGUGAUGGGACACUGAUAUUUAGGUUUUGACGAGGAUUGAGGACAUUUAGGGUUGGGUAAUACAUAAAAUCUAGAGGUUAUAUAAGAGGUGUUUACUCAUUAGCUAUGACCACCACACAGUGAUACCCUGAUUUCUGUAUUGACUAAGGAAUGCAUAUAAUAAAUUAAUCUGUCAAUAUACGAUCUGUUCUCGGGCUA